AUGACCGUCCCCGGGGUGCUGCUCACCCUGCCUCUGCUCCUGCUGCAAGGGGGGUUUCCAGAGGCUGCCAGUGCCUCUGUGACUCUGAAGGAAGGAGAAAACCUAAAUCUUCACUGCACCUUCAGCACCCUCAGCAGCAAGAACUCUACCCUGCAGUGGUUAAACCCUGAUGGUUUCACCAUUUUCCUCAACGCCCAGAAGGUUUUAAGGGACCAGAGGUACAAACUCCUCCUGUACUCCAAGGAUGAAUUAUCCAUCCAGCUCUCCAACGUGACAGUGCACGACGAAGGAAUUUACAGCUGCUUCUACUACAGCAGCAACUUCCAAAGCAACAGGCAGAAGGUUGAGAUUUUGGCUUCUCCUUCCCAUCCAGUGCUGGAAGUGUCCCAGGAUGAAGGAAGGGGCAUCAAACUCUCCUGCAGCACCCAGGGGAGCAAACCCCAGCCCCAGAUUUCCUGGCUGUUGGACAAUGGGAUAGAACUCCCAGGUGACACCAGGCACCAGCUGGGAGCUGAUGGGAAGAAAUGGAGCACAAGCAGCACACUGAGGAUCCUGAGCUACAGCCCCCAAGGGAGAGCCAGCUGCAUCCUCCAGCACCCUGCGCUCAGGGGAGAGAGGCUGAUGGCAUCUCUCCACUUCCAGGACCUCCCCAGCACGGGCUGCAAACAACCAACCAAACUUCCAGAGGGUGCAGAAGGUCCCAGCCCUUCAGAGAAUCCAGCAGGAAUUUCCAGCCCUUCUUCAUCCCCAAAAGAUCCAGAAGUUUCCAGCCCUUCUUCAUCCCCAAAAGAUCCAGGAGUUUCCAGCCCUUCUUCAUCCCCAAAAGAUCCAGGAGUUUCCAGCCCUUCUUCAUCCCCAAAAGAUCCAGGAGUUUCCAGCCCUUCUUCAUCCCCAAAAGAUCCAGGAAUUUCCAGCCCCUCUGCAUCCCCAAAAGAUGCAGAAGUUUCCAGCCCUUCUUCAUCCCCAGAGAAUCCAGAAGUCUCCAGCCCCUCUGCAUCCCCCAAAGAUCCAGCAGUUCCGAGCUCAGCACCAACACCAGCCCAGCCAAACCUCACAGAUGUCACAUCUAACGGGACUGAAGCAGCGCCCCGUGGAAAUGGCACUGAGGAGGAACCUCCCAGGACAGAGGUGCCACCACCCCCUGAAAAUAUAACAGGGAUUUCCACCCUCACCCUAGAGCGAGAUCCUGAACCCAAGGGCAUUGUAAAGAAGGAGAAGAAGCUCCUGCUGCCCAUCCUGGUGGCUGCUCUGAUUUUUGUGCUGCUCAUCAUUGUCCUGCUUUUCAUGGUGAAGCUGAAGAAAGCCCACGGAGUGUGGAAGAGAGAAAAUGAUGUUUCAGAGCAGACACUGGAGAGUUAUAAAUCUAGAUCUAACGAAGACAGUCCAGGCCAUGACAGGAAUGGACAAGCUGUAAACCCCAAAUCCAACAUGCAAUAUGUAACAGAGGGACACAUGGAAACCCCAGAGAAGAAUCCAGAAACCCCAGAGAAAAAUCCAGGUGACAAAAGCAUGGCAAUAAGUGAGAAAACGUUUCAGUGUGGAAGGGAGACAGAUAUAUAA